AGAGAUAUCAUUUGUGUUUAUGUUUUAGAUGUGUUUCUGCAAUAAAAAGUACUCGACUUGAGUUCAGUUACACUGAUAACAAGUCUAAACGCCAUUUGAUUUUAGACUUCUCUUUCAAUAUUAUAUUUCUGGCGAUUGUUUGACAUUUUGAUCGAUACGCUUAAUAUCCCAUCCGAUCGGCGAUUAACUAUUAUUUGAAUCAAAACUUAACGCUUAGUUUAGACAACAUAUAGAAAGAGAUGAACGCAAAGGAAUUGUUUAGAAAUUUAUUAUUUUUGCCAUUUUUACACAAAAGUGCAAACUUUCAAAGAGUGAUAUCAAGAGUGAGAAAUUUGAGAAACUUUUCCAAUAAUGGGACCAAUUUGUUGGCAAUCAUAUCAAAGUACCGGAAAAAUGGUUUCGCAUCACCGCUGGUGUCGAUGGCGUUGGCCUUUCCAGCGGUGAAGGCGUGGGGAAGCCGUUCGGCAAAGGAUGAGCACCAGAAGGCUAUGGAAGAGUCGGACCGUCUGUUUGACGAAAGUAAGUUCGACCGACUCUACGAAGUGCUAAGAUCUCAGCCCUCGUGGUAUGACGACUGCGAUGUCCUCUGGCGAGUGGCCAGAUGUGAGUUUCAUCUGAGCAAACGAGAGCCACUCAACAGUAAAGAGGCCGCGAAUCUGCUCGAAGAAGCGCACAGACAUGUCGUCAAAGCGCUGGAACUGUGCGACGAGUGCGGACCCGCACAUAAGUGGGCGGCAAUACUACUGAACGCUGUGUCCACUCUGAAGGGCACGCGUGAGAAAGUGGAACAAGUAUUGAACGUAAGGAUACAUAUGGAAAAAGCCGUUAAAUACUCGCCCAACGAUCCGACCGCUCACUACCUGUUAGGCGAAUGGCAUUACUCUUGCAAUCAGGUCUCGUGGGUGGAGAGAAAACUGGCCGGUGUCAUUUAUGGGUCACUACCGGAGGCUAAUCUCGAUAUUGGUCUUCAAGCCCUCGAAAAGGCCGAAGAGAUUGAUAAAGACUUUUAUUCCAAAAACAAAGUUCUAAUCGCAAAGACAUUGAUUGCUCUGAACCGAGACAUCGAAAGGGCGAAGUCUUUGCUCAUUACAGUUGUCGGCAAAUAUAAAAACUCCGACAAAUGGGAUGACAGAGAAGCUGUCAAAGAGUCGAAGGAUGUGUUGAACAAACUCGGGGUCAAAAUUACGGAAAUUAAUACUCAAAACUCCUAAACAAAAGUGUAUCCAAAGUGUUAUAUCAAAUGCAAUAUUUCCAAGUGUUAGAAGAAGAAAAAAGUCAACAAAACUUUUUUAAUUAUUUUAUUAAUUAUAAAAAUAUAGCGUAAAAAGUGUACGCAAUGUUAC